AUGUCUUUCGACGGCCCCAGUUCUAUCGAAAUCACUCAAGUCCACUCAUCAGCUCCCGAUCAAAGCGCGUCUCUCUCUGCAUCACCAUCCUCUCAUACAAUCCCCACCGAGUCUCGUCUCGUCCGACCCCGAAAACGCGACAUGGAGGAGCCAGAAAGAGAUGACUCGGGCUCCGGGCCAUCGAGUGCCCUCGGCCAGUUUGCCAUGGCUCCUGCCACCCGCACCACGGUGGUAACCACCACCACGACUACGACGACCACCUUUCCACCCCUGGUUGUGCGGCCUCCGCGUGCGGUCAGGAAUCUGGAUACUCGGCGCUAUCCUCUCGCAAUGUCCCCCACCCCGACAUCGUUGCGGAACUUGAAAUUCAAGAUCGGCGACAAGGCGAUGGUUUUCAACGAGCCCGAGGACACGAAUAAUGCACCUACCGAGCCGCAGAGGCCGGAACCUUACUCCCAACGUUCAGCGAUUGAUAAUGUGAUGGCGCAGGAUAUGUGCCUUCCGAGCCCAAGUCUAUCCCCAGUUACCGCGAUGAAUGCUCUGCAUGGCGAGUCCUCAUUUGAGUCUGAAGGCCUCGACGUCGAUACGGACUCGAGUCUCGAUCACAGUGUCUCGCGUCUCCCGAAGAGCAAUCGAUUGCAAGAUGUGGGAUCUCGGGCCAAAAAGAUAUCCUCGCCAUCCCUUAUGGACAUGCCCAAAGUGCUGGAGUUUUUCGAUUCGGUCCCUGAAGAGUUGAAAACCUAUCUCAUGUACCAGUUCCUUCGACGAUGUCCCAAACCUACUCUCCAUUUCGUGGCCGAAGUGGUCAACCCAACUCUGAAAUGUGAUUUCCUUGCUUUGCUGCCUCUGGAGCUCAGCCUCAACAUCGUCAAAUAUCUUGAUGUUCAGACCAUGUGCCGCGCGGCACAGGUGUCCAAGAAGUGGAGACAUAUAAUUAACUCGGAUGAGAAGACCUGGAAGGAACUUUUGGAACGUGAUGGUUACAUUCUUUCAGACGGCGAGCUAGAUCAGGCCAUUCGAGAGGGUUGGGGCUGGCAGUUCCCUAGUGGAACCGAUGGCCACGAAAAGGAUCUUAGCGUGCUGUCACCGACCAGCGCGGACAAAGAGACAUCUCCAGCUCUGUCACCAUCUGGUCCGAGUGAGAGGGCUCUACUGCCAUCGCUUUCACUGAAUCGGCGACCCAAGCGGAAGGCAAACACGCGCGCCUCGAGCCGUAAACUUGCUAAGCGGAAGGUUUCAUCCAGCACGAACGGAUACACCGAGCCCGAUUGGAAGAAGGGCGUUGCUGCGUCGGAAGCUCCUUACGCUGCUGCCAACGCCGCUGCCGCCGCUGUACCUUAUCCCGAUGUCGGAUUGCCAUCCCUCCGCGGACUUUAUCUGUUCAAGUCUCUUUAUCGCCGACACCAUGCUAUGCGAAAGGGAUGGAUGCAACCGGAACUCAAGCCCCAGCACAUCGCUUUCCGUGCUCACGACCGCCAUGUAGUGACAUGUCUGCAGUUCGAUGCCGACAAGAUUUUGACGGGAAGUGAUGACACGAAUAUCAAUGUGUACGACACUAGGACCGGUGCACUGAAGGCGACGCUGGAGGGUCAUGAAGGUGGUGUCUGGGCUCUUGAGUAUCAUGGCAAUACUUUGGUGUCCGGGUCUACUGAUCGGUCGGUGCGAGUCUGGGACAUUGAACAGGCCAGAUGCACCCAGGUCUUUCACGGCCAUACCUCGACUGUCCGAUGCUUGCAGAUUCUCUUGCCCACCGAAAUCGGUCAGGAUGCAAAUGGCCAUCCUGAAAUCAUGCCCAAGCAGCCGUUGAUCAUCACUGGAUCUCGUGAUUCCAAUCUGCGAGUGUGGAAGCUCCCGAAGCCGGGAGACCCCGUUUAUUAUCAAACCGGACCUCUUCUGGAUGACACGGAAUGUCCAUACUUUGUUCGCGUGCUACCGGGCCAUCAUCAUUCCGUUCGUGCCAUUGCAGCACAUGGCGACACUCUUGUCAGCGGCAGCUACGAUUGCACGGUAAAGGUGUGGAAAAUCUCCACCGGACAGACCCUGCAUACUUUGCAAGGCCACAGCAUGAAAGUGUAUAGUGUGGUUCUCGACCCCAAGCGCAACCGCUGCAUCAGUGGCGCCAUGGAUCAUACGGUCAAGGUCUGGUCGCUGGACGAUGGUUCAGUGCUCUACAACCUUGAAGGCCACUCCUCGCUCGUCGGCUUGCUUGCCUUGGAAAGUGAUUUCCUGGUUUCGGCCGCCGCAGACUCCACGCUCCGCAUCUGGGAUCCCGAACAUGGCCACUGCAGGUACAAGCUGAGUGCACACACUGGGGCCAUCACGUGUUUUCAGCAUGACGGACAGAAAGUCAUCUCGGGGUCGGACCGGACCCUGAAAAUGUGGGAUGUGACCACCGGGCAGUGUGUCCGAGACCUUCUCACCGACCUCAGCGGCGUGUGGCAAGUCAGAUUCAACAACCGAAAGUGCGUUGCUGCCGUGCAACGCGACAACCUCACCUACAUUGAAGUUCUCGAUUUCGGCGCAGCACGGGACGGAGUAUCUGUCAAUAAACUCGGGCACCGUCGAGUCGUCAACCGGCGAGGUCGGGAGAUCCUGCCCAGCGCCGUCGAUGACAUGUCUGAAUAA